ACUAUCCGUUUAUUUGUGAUCCGAAACUAGCCUACAGGUUGUUAUUGUUGAGGAAGUUGUUGUUUUGAUCACAUGACAAGCAUAUAAUAAAGAUGGCGGCCCCCGCACCACCCACUGGAAGUACCAGUGAAGAAGUGGCAGCCGGAGAAACCUCACAAAAUGGACCAAGGGUGUGGGAGAGAGCUUGGACUGUCCAAGAGAUGCGUAAAGAAGCAGGAAACUGGUCAUUGGCAGGAGAUGCUGGUCUACUUCAAUAUUUACAAGAAUUUUCCCAUAGAAUGAUAUCUAGAACACAUGAGAUAGGUAAAGAUGUGGAUGGAUUAGUUCAUGAAGCAAAGCUGACAGGUGUACGAGUAAACAAUGUCAUCAAUGAUUUUAUCAUGUUGGCCAAUACACAGUUUGUAGAAAAUAGAGUUUAUGAUGAAGAUGUCAGCCAAGAACCAACAAAAGAAGAGGAAAAGAAAAAUGAAAAGGAGGAGAAGAGCAGAGAAGAGAGAGAAUCCGAGCUGAUCCCCCGUGUUUCUACGGCACUGAAGCUGGGCGUGGAUGUGAUUGACCAAGCUUUUGAAAGACUUGAGACUGCUGGUGUUGACUCUGACUCAGAGGAGGAGGACACUAACUAUAAGGCUGAACCUAUCCUUGAGGCCAAAGAUCCAUAUGCUAAUAGACUGCUACCAUAUUUAAUUGGUACACCUCAGUUUAUGGAAGAUGAUUCAGUGGGGCUUACAGAAGAUAUAUCAGAUGAAGAUGCUGAAUCAGACCAUGGGAGUAUUAGUGUUAGUGAAGAGGAGAAAUCUAGUGAUGAGGAAGAGGAGGAAUCAGAAACCGAGUAUUCAUCGAGUGCAAGUUCAGGUGAUGAAAGAAAACCAACUCACAAACAACAAACCAAAACCAGACAGACAUUUGAAUCAGAUUCUGAGGAGGAGACAAGUGAAAGUGAUGAAGAUAUUUUUGUUGACAAAAAGACAAAAAGUAGAGACCAGGAUGAGGAGAGCAGCUCCGAGGAGAAUGAAGAAGUGGAGCAGGUAGAUAAACCAGAAGCACCAAGAGGACCUGUAGAUUUUGCUUCAGAAUUGGCAGCAAAGCUUGGAGGUGCUGUUCCCAAACCCCCAGCCAAGAAAGAACAAAAGAUUGAAGAAGAUUCUGAAGAAGAUGGUUGGGCAGAGAAGUCGACAGAACACAAAAGAAAAAGAACAAUAUCCAAGGAAGAGAAACACAAACAUGAAAAGACAGGGAAAACUAAAGGGAAGAGCUCACAUUCUAAACAAGAUGAUGGUGAUGAUCUGUUUGGACACCCAGAUACAAAUGAAGAUGACGACUUUUUUGCUAAAGGUGGUGGCUUGUUUUCAAGCAGUAAAGGCUUGUUUGAUGAUGAUGAGGAAAAAGAAAAUGGCGAAUCUGACCUGUUUGCUGACACCAGUAAGUCUAAAGGGAAAAAACCGGCUAGAGAAAAAGCUGGCUCCAUAUUUGAGGACGAAGAUCUGGAAGAAACAGAAGCCAAAGAAGAAAAAGUAGAUUCACGUCCUCGCACUAAGAGUGGUAAGGUGUUACCCAAAGGUGCUGUGUCAGUAUUUGGAGCUGUCGGAGGUGACUCAGGCAAGGCUGAAGUUUCAGAAACCCACACGGUGAAAAAACCCACAGCCCAGCCAGCAGCAGCCACCAAAAAACCAGCCGGUGGAUUGUUCGAUGAUGACGAAGAGGAGGAUGGUUUGUUUGCUGGCGUCAGUGCAACCAAAAAAGUUGAACCUGUCAAAAAAGACCCCAGCGCUGGGAAGAAAGAGGCAAUGAAGAAAGUGCUAGAUGUGUUUGCUGAUGAUGACGAUGACGAAGAUUUGUUCGAGUCAAUCGCUGCACCCACCACCAAGAAGAAGUCCCACAGCACUGUAGGGUUGACCGUGGAGGGUUACGACGAAGAUGAGGUUGUGGAGGUCAAGAAACAGGAAGCUGAGCAGCUCAGAAAGAAAUCAACCCCUGAGAAAAAGCUACCACCAGGUGCCGUGUCCAUGUUUGGCUCAGGCCCCAAUCCUCUUGUGGCGGCUCUAAAGAAACAGAAGCCACCCUCAGAUAGUGAUGAUGAAAACGAAGAAGAAAAAACAACUAACAGCCCUAGCAUUGGCUCCACCAGUUCAGCCAAGGGGACAGAACCUGUGAAAAACUUGGUCAAAUCUGGUGGUCUGUUUGAUGAAGAUGGGGAGGAAGAUUUGUUCUCUCCCCUGACUAAACCUAAAAGCAAUCAGGUAGACAAGAAAAACAAAAAUCUUCCAGGAACAAAGGGAGAGAACUCUAAAUCAACAAAGGACAGCUUGUUUAGCAGUGGAGAUCUAGAAGAUGAUGAUGAUGAUUUCUUCACCCCUGCUGUGAAAGCAACAGAAAGCAAAAAACAACCUUCUGGUGGUGUCAACCUGUUUGGAGGGGUUGACGAGGUUGGCCCAAGUGAGAAAAAGGAGACAAAGUCCAGUACUGCUCCAGUUAAACCAACAGCCCCAGCGCAGCCAACAGCCCCAGUGCAGCCAACAGCCCCUGCCCCAGCAGCAGCUAAAACCAAAGCUGGUCUCUCUCUGUUUGAUGAUCAGGAGGAGGAUGCUGAGCCAUUGUUCUCAAGCAAACCUAACAAAACUCCUGCAGCAAAAGAGAAAACAUCUAAAGGAUUGUUUGAUGACGAUGACCUUCUGUUCCAAGUUGGAGAAGAAGUUGCUCCAUCAGUGGACUUGUUCAAGGGACCAUUAGUUAAGCAAGCAACAAAACCAGCCAGUAAACAAAGCAAGCCGAGUAAAGCUGCGACCUCUGACCUAUUUGGUGAUGAUGAAGAUGAGGAGGACCUCUUCUCCUCCCCCUCUCUAACCAGGUCCUCACAGAAACCAGCCCAGACCAUCAGCGGAGUCACCAGUACAGAGUCUACGGACAUGGAACCCAAAGAAGAUGUCAAGUCUGAUGUCAAGUCUGAUGUCAAGAAACCCAAGAAACCAGCAGGGGCAGUGUCAAUGUUUGGUGGCCUUGACCCUUCCGCUCUGCUGAAAAAGAAAAAAGUUACAGAAUCUGAUGAGGAAGAGGACAAGAAGGAAGAAAAGAAAGAAGAGAAAAAAGUGGAAAAGAAAGAAGAGAAGAAAGAGGAAAAGAAGGAAGAGAAGAAAGAGGAAAAGAAGGAAGAAAAAAAAGAGAAGAAAGAUGAAAAGAAAGAAGAAAAGAAAGAGCCUGUAGAUACAGAGAACAAAUCUGAGAAAGCUGGUGUAAAAUCCAAAGAUAAUCUCAAACCAAAAUUGUCUGAAGAUUUAUUUGGUGCAGAUGAAGAGGAAGAAGAUUUAUUUUCAACAAAACCUGUUAAGAAAAUUGAAGGUGUGACCACGGAAGAAUCUUCUGACACCCCAGUCAAGCCUGAAGAACCAGUACCAGCAGCCAAACCAUGGAAACCGGCAGGGGCGGUGUCAAUGUUUGGUGGCACCAUCGACCCAUUCGCCAUCGUCAAGAAGAAGAAAUCUGAGGAGUCAGCCGAGAAGAAAUCUGAGGAGUCAGCCGAGAAGAAAUCUGAGGAGUCAGCAGAGAAGACGGCACCCCAAGAUAAAGCCUCAGAGGUCACCCCCAAAGCCCCACCCCCUGAGGUGGCGCCUAAAGCCAAGUCUUCAGUUAAGGAAACUGUAAAAGAAAAGGUUGAUGAGCCGGCUAGGACCCUUGAUGAUGAUGAUGAUGACCUAAAACCUAAACCACCCGCUGAUCUGUUUGGUGGAGAUGAUGAGGAUGAUGAUGACCUGUUUGCUGCACCGGUCAAGAAAAAGGCUCCUCCGCCCACUGCCCCAAAAUCUUUACCAGCACCAUUGGCUGAGAGCCCUAAAGAAAACGUGGAGAAGUCCCCAGAGACCCCCAAACCCAGGAAGCCAGUAGGGGGCGUGUCCAUGUUUGGUGGCGUGGAUCUGUUUGCUGGCAUGAAAAAGAAAUCAGUCUCUAUAGAAGAGGAGGAGAAAGCGACUAUAACACCAGAGGAAGAGCCUAAAAUAAAAAGAACACAUCCUUCCUUCAUUGACCCCCUGUCCGUGUUAGCCUCCCCUGUUGCCAAGGUAACCGAGAAAACAAAACCAACCAGCAGUCUAAAACCUAACAUAAACAGCCCAGCCCCAGUGCCCAGACAGACUAAAUCCCCAACAUUCAACCCUGCAGCCCUGUUGCCAGGGGCAACCCAUCCCAACCUCGGCAAGGCUUUAGAGAGGUCAGAGUCUGUGGACUUUGAGCAGCCUGCUGAGACCACAGAGACCCUGUCCAGUGCCAGCAAGGACCGGCCCAAGCUGAGCCGCAGACGCCCACAGAGCCGUAAAGCUCGCAUGCUGGCAGCCACAAGCACCGGCAUCAGCUUCGAGGACACGACCCCAACCACACCCACCACGCCCACUAUUCCAGAAGUCCCAGCGUCAGAAUCCAAACCCAGCUCAAAAGAGGGGUCACCUGCAGAAAACCGGGUCAGCUCAAGUGCAGAGAAAUCAAAAUCACCUUCCCGGGAUAUCUUUGGGAACGAUGAUCUCCUAGAGGGGCCGUCACUCAACUCUGCCAAACCUGCGCAGGGGGGACAAACUUUGCCAAAAGAUGAUUUAUUCAGUAAAGACUUGUUUAGCGGGAAAGGUCAAAGCUCAUCAGAUGACUUGUUUGCAAACUCUGACAAAAAAGAUGACACUGACAAAUUAUUUAAAUCGUCAAACAAGUCCAAAAAUGUGGACACAAAAUCUACCGGAACUAAAAAUGGCCACAGUAACAAAGAAGAUGAUUUGUUCAGCGAUGUCCCUAAGGUUGAAAAAGUUUCAUCUUUGGAUAAUGAUGAUGAUUUAUUCUCAUCUUCUUCCACUAAGAAGGGAGAUAAAUCCAAAUCUUCUGCAACUGAAAAAGUAAAACCAGGAAAAAGUGACGGGGAACAAUCCAGCACUUCCAAUGAUAUUAAUAAAAAUAAUUUGCCUAAGGCAGAUAACUCUGUCAAAUCAAAACUCACAGACGAAGAUGAUAUUUUUGGAGAUUCUUCAUUACUUAAAAAGAAAGAAACGAAGCCUAAAGCACCAGUAGCCGGCCUUGAUGACCACGAUUUGUUUGCUAGUAAAGAGGAGGAGAAGAAGACGUCCCGACCCAAGAAAGCUGUCACCAAGGAGGCCAAGCUUCUCAACGACUCCACAGAUAUAUUCAGUGAUAUCCCAGCUGUCCCGGUCAAGGAGGCCAAGAAGAAAGUGGUGAAAAAAUCAGCGGAGAAGAAGACUGUGUUUAACAAUGAUGUUGAUGAUAUAUUUGCCGACACAUCAGCCGCGAGUGUCAAGACAAAAAGAGAUGUCAAGAAAAAACCCAAGUCUGCUGCAGUUGACACAGAUAACAUUUUUGAUGAUCCUCUCAGCUGAAAUGUUUUACAGUUGAUGCCGUGUUUCUGUACAGUCCAGAGUUACAUUGAUGUGUGUCUGUCUUUAUGUGUGGCCCAGUGAUGUGUGUCUGAUCCGACAUAUUUUAUAUCUCCAGUGGUACUUAGUUUGUACAUGUGCAGUUAAAUUGUUAGUGUACAGCCAUAGUUUGUACGUGAGAAGUUAAAUUGUUAGUGUACAGCUAUAGUUUGUACAUGGGCAGUUAAAUUGUUAGUGUACAGCCAUAGUUUGUACAUGUGCAGUCAGAUUGUUAGUGUACAGCUAUAGUUUGUACGUGAGAAGUUAAAUUGUUAGUGUACAGCCAUAGUUUGUACGAGGGCAGUUAAAUUGUUAGUGUACAGCUAUAGUUUGUACUUGGGCAGUUAAAUUGUUUGUGUACAGUGUUCAUCUUGGAUUUUUCUUUGGUUAGAAGCCUAUAUUUUAAAUAUUUUAGUUGUUUUACCCUCUUGCUAUCUGAGGUCAAUCAGCUGAGCUAAGUACAUAUGGAGCAUUUCCCGUAGAAGAGCAAUGCAUACAGAGCAUCUUUGACACGUAUAUAAAUUUAUUCCUUACCAGUACAUACCUUACACAUGUGAAGAAAUGCUUGCAAAGCUGGGCCUUUAUGUACAUGCGUAUUUUUAGAAUGCAGUUGUUUCUGUGUACAGUUAUUUAUUUUUUUAACAAGCGUUUAUCGUUUUUUUUUUAAAUGUAUUCCACAAAUUUGCAUAAUGAUGUUCUUGUGCAGACUUGCUCUGCUAGUAUAUUGUGAUAUUGAGUUGCAGCAUAACAAAUAAAUUGAAAUAAAAUGUUAACUUGGUGAAAUUGUUGUGUUGUGAAUUGUUGGUUUAUAGCUUAAGUAGGGAUAAUUUUGAAUAUCGUUUUUGUCAAAACUUCACUUUAAAAUAAAUAUUUUAUGAAUGAUCAAUAACAGAAAAGAGAUGAAAAUUUACUGUGGAUUAAUUUUUCUGUAGGUUUCAAAUAAAGUUUUUAUGUGAGUUUUUUUCCUACAUCCUUUGUUUACAAAUAGUUUUGUUGACCUGUAGAAGUAUUUGUCACAUGACUCAUAUAACUGGUGCCUUAAAAAUUGUUACUUACAUAGGGUACUAAAUGUUUUCUCCAGUGCUUUUUAUUGUGUGAUUAAUUAGUCAUUAAGCGUCACUUGCUCAAUGCAACACCGUUUUAAUAUUGCAAACUUUUUAUGUAAAAAAUUAUGUUAAACAGUCUAUCUCAUUAUCAUACACAUUAUGAACUAUUUUUGGUUUAGCUAAUUAUCGAACAAAUUUGUUUAAAGACGUCGUAACUUCUAUGUAUGCGCUAAUGUUCAUAUUUUUAUGUAAUAGUUUUAGAAUUUUUAUAAUUAGGCUACAUGUUUUAUCUCAUUCAAAAGAACUUUGUUUUAAAAUGCAUCUGAACUUUUAUUUACCAAUCCAUUAAUCUGAAAAACAUUCAUUUAUUUAAGCAUCAAAGUUUCUACUAUAAGAUUAAUUAUAAGUUUAAUUAUCAUGAAUAAAAAGAAUAAUCAUCAAACUGAUAGAUUGUCACCAUUAAUUUGAAUAAAUUAAAAUCAUGUGCAAUAAUUAUUUGUCUGUGUGAGCAAAACUGGAAAGGAUUGCAUUUAUUCAUGACUUUUUUUCUGCUUUAUAUUUUUAGCCAGUUUAUUAAUUAGAUUAUGUUAUCUAAAUUAACAAAUAUUUCUUAUCACACUACAAAAGAAAUAUAUAUAUAACUCUACAUUCAUUUAGAAAUUAGCAAAAAAAAUGUAAAGUCAUUAGAUGAGGUACAUUUGUUUGAAUCAUGUUAUAAUUUUAUUUAAUACAGAAGAUAUUGUCUUCAGCUAAACAAAGUGUGUUACAUGGUUUAAUCAAAAUAUUUUUACUGAAUUCAGCUAAGCACUUGUAAAAAUGUGUCAACUCAUGUUAACAGAAGACCCAACUUUAUCAAACCAGGUGACACACAAUUGUGUGGAAGUAUUGUUUUGGACAUCGGCCAUGUUUUUAAAAGCUUGAUGUCAAAAAAUACAAUAGUGACAUUGGUUGGCAUAUUUAGCAAUACAUGUAUGAGAUGUGAGUUGACCUAAUUAGUUGGUUGUUUUGUUUUGUAUGAGUUUCUUAUGUGAUUACGAGAAGCUGUUUUUAAAGUGAUUACCGCGUCUAUUAUAAAUUGAUACGUGAAUAAAGUACAUUUAUUUAA